AUGACGAGCAUGCAGGCAAUGCAGGAGGGCACCCGGUCACAGGGGCCAAAGCUCCACGAAUUAGCAGAAGAAGAUGAUGAAGUUCAUGAUAAAGUUCCUGUUCGAAGAAGACGAUGUCGUGCCACUGACAGAAGAGCAACAGGGAUAAGCUGCACGGGCGAAGGACGUGGACGCUUGUUCGAAGAAUUCAACUUCAACUAUGCUGUGGAGAAAAUGGGAAUGAUUACCUGCCAUGAGGUUGUUCAAGUGGGGGAUGGGGAAGAGGAAGAAACUCAGGAGCACAGAUGUGCUCGAGGGCUGCAUGAAUUGACAUUGAAAGACGAUCAAGGAUUGUAUUGCCAUACUCGUAACCGCAAGAGUAAAAUUUUUACUUCACUGGUUCAGGUCAGGACUGAAAAUGACAUCAUAUUGUCAGGGAUGCCAUUCCAACACAACUUCAAAGAGCUGUUCAACACGCUGAAGAUUGUAAGGCCGACAGUAGUAGAAGCGACUAUGCAGGACCGGACAUUUGCUGAAGUUCUGCAUUCGGAUAAGAAAAGCUCUCGGCCUGCUUUCCUUCCCGAAGCCAUCAACCAUGCAGUGGAGAGGCUUAAAGUCUCCAUGUCACCGUUUUUGCACGUGCACAAAGGCACUAUCCUGCAAAAGAAUCACCCAGGAAUAAGAGAUUGUGUCAUCCUCCUGAAACCGACUGGAAUGCAAAAGAAACUAAUCGACAGGUUAGAAGAGGGACGGUUAAGGAGAACACUUAAAAGUGAAUUCAAAUUUAAUAUGGCAUCUAUUCAUCCAUACCUCAUCCAAAAAUGUGCAUUGCACGUGCCAACUGAUGGAAUCGAUGUGCAAGCAGUCGAGGCAUCGAAGCAGAAUCCUGGCAAUGGAGUCAAGACAAAAUUCGUCAUGGAGUUUGUCUACCUCAGUUUGAGGUUGAAGGAAAAAGUUGUCAUAUUCAGCCAGUACAUUCAGCCAUUGGAGCUGAUCAAAGAGUAUCUGACUGCGAUUUUUGAUUUGCACGUCGGGAAGGAAAUUCUGAAGCUGGAAGGGAAGCAAGAUAAGAAGCAACGCCAGAAAGCGAUCAACGCAUUCAAUAAUCCAGACGACGAUUCGAAGAUCAUGCUGGCGUCGACGAGGUGCUGCUCUGAGGGCAUAAGCCUGGUAGGGGCUUCCAGGGUCAUUCUGCUCGAUGUUGUCUGGAAUGCAUCAGUGCAACAGCAGGCAGUCUGUCGGGCUUAUCGUAUUGGGCAAAAGAGGUUUGUCCAUACCUAUCAUCUUAUGACUGCUGGCACGACUGAGGCGGACAAAUAUUACCGGCAAGCGGAGAAAAAGCGGCUCUCAGAAUUAGUGUUCUGCUCUUCUUCGAACGAGAAGGCUAUGUCAAAGCAGCAGAAGCCGGGGACAAAUAUUGAGGACUGGAUUCUCGAGGAGAUAGUGAAGCAUAAGAAAACUAAACAUAUGUUUGAAAAGAUCAUCCACCAGCCGAAGAAUGCCGACUUGACCCACUCCUUAGGCCUCCGAGGAAACCAUGCAAUGGCAGCGAAACCACUUUCUGCAGUUCAUAAAGAUGGCCUCCUCCUUUCGAACAGCGUUGGUUUCACGGAUUUCGACAUAUAUCUCUCCGAUAUCAUAGGCGAACAGCACAUAGAUUCGGAAUUAGAUUAG